AUGGAAUAUGUAGCAGCUAUACAAGAGACGAAACAAAAAGGCAAAUUCAUCACUGAAAUAGACAACUACAUAUUAUUUAAUAGCGGAAUUGACAACAGAGAACUAGGAACAGGAUUCAUGGUGAAGAAGAGACUGAAAGGAGCAGUAAUUACCUUCAAACCAAUCUCAGAAAGAAUGAGCUAUAUAAGAAGUAAGUACAGGAAGAUAAGCCUAGUGAAUAUACAUGCACCGACUGAAGAGAAAGAUCUAGAAGUAAAAACAGAAUAUUACGAAGAACUAGAAAGAGAAUAUGUGAAAAUACCAAAGCAUGACAUUAAAAUGGUUAUAGGGGACGCCAACGCAAUGAUAGGUAAAGAGAAUUGCUACAGGCCAACAAUCGGGAAAGAAAGCAAUCAUCAAAAAACGAAUCAAAAUGGAGAAAAACUGAUAGAGUUUGCACAAGAAAAUAAAAUGGUAGUCAAAAGCACCUUCUUUGCGCAGAAAGAGAUCUACAAAGGCACAUGGAUGUCACCUGACGGAAAAACGGUCAACCAAAUAGACCACAUACUGGUAGAAAGGAGAGAUGCCCAACUAAUAACCAGAUUAAGAACCUACAAAGGAGCAGAAGCGAAUUCAGACCACUUUCUAAAAGCUGAAGUACAACAGGAAUACGAACAAAAGAUGAAUGAGAGAAUAAGAUCAACACAGCAAGACAUACCUAUAGAAGAGAGGUGCGAAGAACUACAAGAGAACAUAUGGAAGACCUCGGAAGAAGUACUAGGGUUCGUCAAAAAAGACAACAAAAAUAGAAACGAAUGGUUUGACGAGGAAUGUAGAAAAGCAAUAGAAGCGGGGAGGUCAGCCAGACAGAAAUAUCUAAAAUAA